UCUCUCUCUCUCUUGUCUGAGUGCUGAAGUCGGAGGCGCUCCUCGGGUUUGCCACUGCGCACCGCGGCAUCGCUUCUCACCACACUGUGCGGACUGUUGCUGCGCCCGGAGCACCUGCAGGCGCUGAAAGAAGAAAAAGAAGAAGAAGAAGAAGAAGGGGGGAGGGAAGAAGUGGACAGCGAUUGCCUAAAGAGACAUCUGAGAGAGGAGAGGAAGGAGAAGGGUGCCGGACAGGCGGGAGGAGCGCACCAUGGCCUCAAAGGAGACUACAGCGGCGGGCUUUGCCAACGUCAACAGGGAAAUCACAGAGAGCAUCAGAAAGGUGCUGGACAAACAAGCCAUUAAGUUUGUGCGAGCCGUCAAGCAGGACAUGAGGAGCGGCAAGUCAGAGGACAGGAUUCUGGUCCUGGCAACAUGGAGACUGUAUCUCUUUGCUGUCAAAGUGCCCACCAAGGUCGAGGUCACCUUCAAUUUUUUGGAAAUCAGAGCAAUGAACACCUACCCAGAACACCAGGUAAUCAUCGAUACAGACAAGACCACCUACUCGCUGAGGCUGCAGACCCAGGAACAGCUGGAUCACAUGGUCAGCCACAUCAACUAUGCCCUCUCCAGAGUCUUCAACAACUCAAUUUAUGCCCCUCCUAUUUGUCGAGCAGAGGGAGAAAUGCCCGAUGGGAGUCACAAGUUUUCACCGAACUCUGAGUCAUCAUUAGAUCCCCAGAAAACUUGCGGAGGUUUUUCUGAGACUUAUGCAGCUCUCUGCGAUUACAACGGUAUUGGCUGCAAAGAAGAAGUGCAGUGGGAUGUUGACACAAUCUAUCACUCUCAGGACAACAGGGAGUUCAACUUACUGGAUUUCAGCCACCUCGACAGCAGGGACUUGGCAGUGAUUGUGGCAUCCAUUGCCUACAACACCUGGUUCACCAAGCUGUACUGCAAAGACAUGCGCAUAGGGUCAGAGGUCGUGGACCAGGUUCUACACACAAUCAGCAAGUCCAACAGUCUGGAGGAGCUCACUCUGGAGAAUGCGGGACUCAAAUCGGAUUUUCCACAGAAGAUGGCAUCUGCGUUAUCAGAGAACCCAGCCUCUGUGAUUCACUCUCUCAACUUGGCUCAUAACACACUAGACAACCAAGGAGUUUCCAACCUUAUUCAACAGGUGUGUCGCCUUAACAAGGGCCUGCGUCUCCUCAACCUCUCCAAGACUUCACUUUCCUCAAAGGGUGUGGUUUCAUUGUCCCAGGCACUGUGCUCAGCUGACGACUAUUCCAAUUCUCUGCUGCAUCUGGACCUUAGCAAAAACCCUGGGGUCUUAUCUGGAGAGGACGCUACAAACCUGUACCUCUUCCUGGCCCAGCCUAACUGCCUGGUCCACUUGGACCUGUCUGGGACAGACUGCACUGUGGACUCGUUGUUUGGGGCCUUGCUGCGAGGCUGCUGCGCUGACCUCUCCUACCUGAAUCUCUCCAAGAACUCCUUCUCUCACAGAAAAGCCAGAGAUUCUCUGCCAACUUUCCGUCAGUUCUUCAGCUCAGCAUUCAGCCUCACACAUGUCAGCCUGGCCUCUAUGAAGGUCCCCCCUGAUUCGAUGAGGGCGCUGUUCCUCGGUUUGUCCAAUAACCCUCAUAUCACUGAUUUACACCUGGACAUCAGCAGCUGUGAGUUGAGGUCAGCAGGUGCCGGGGUGAUUCAGGAGCUGUUUCCUCGAGUUUCAUGCGUGGGGACUUUAGAUAUCUCUGAUAAUGGUUUGGAUGCUGACUUGCUGGCUGUCAUCCCAGCGUUCUCACGGCAUCCCUCCCUCAAACACCUGAUGCUGGGAAAGAACUUCAACAUCAAGGGCAGGGUGCUGGAUGAAAUUCUGCAGAAACUAGUUCAUUUGGUGCAAGAAGAAGAGUGUGCCCUGCAGUCCCUCUCGCUGGCUGACUCGAGGCUUCGGCAGCGGGGCACAGUGCUGGUCAACGCCCUGGGCUCCAACGCUUGCUUACGGAAGGUGGACCUGAGCGGCAACCUCCUGGAGGACUCUGGGGCCAAGAUGCUCAGCAAAGCUCUGCAGAUUAACACAACACUUAGGAGUGUGACGUGGGAUCGCAACAACACCACGGCGACAGGCUUCCAAGAUGUGGCGAGAGCGUUGGAGCACAACUUUACCUUGCAAUACAUGCCCCUGCCCCUCAGCGAUGUCACUCAAGCGCACCGCAGCGCCCCAGAGAAGACCGACCAAGCCCUGACCAAGAUCCAGCGUGCCCUGCUAAGGAACAACCAGACUCAGCGUUUCUCUCAGAAACAGGCUCUCAGGCUGCACCAAGGCCUCGUCACCAGCACUGCUGAACAGGUGAUGGAGCGUCUGUGUGUACGGGUGCAGCAGCAAGUUUGUGUCCUGAAAGGCUGCGAGGAAGGAGAGGAGGUCCAGACGGCUAGACAGAUCCUCAAAGAAGCAAGGAACUCGAGAGCUCUGUAUCCAUCUCUGUGUGAGCUGGCCCACGUGUUGUCAGUGGAUGGACCUGUUAAACAGCGCCUGGACACUCUGGCAGGAGAGCUGGCCAAGGCUGCAGACAAAGAACUGCAGGUGGUUGUGGACUCCAUGGUGUCCCUUUGCCGUGAGUUGUGCCCCAUGUCCUGCUCAGCAGCUGAGAGACUGAGUCCACCUUUGUCGUCCAUCUCUGAACAAGUUUCUAUCCCUCGCUCCGCCAUCCGCAACGCCCUGAUGGAGAGGGCGGCAGAGGACAUCAACAGAGCUCUGGAAGAAGUGAAGCUGUCUGUGGUCUCCUAUCUGACCAACUCCAUAGUUGAUCAGAUUCUACAAGAGCUCUACACCACCCAUAAAACCCUGCUGCGGCAGGUGUCCCAGGCAAAGCGUUGGGACGAUGUCGGGACGGGCAGACGCACUGUCAGACAGUCCAGAAUAGUCGAGUCUCUGGAAUUCCCCGAUGAGGACUUUGGUGUCAACCUGGGAAUAGACACCAUGGCCAUUAAGAAGCGGAGCUCCAGAACUAGAAGAAUUCGACCCGUCUCCACCAGACUGAGUUUAGGCGAGGAGCCCAGUUCCUCUCCGACACCUUCAGCUCCACCUCACUCUGCCCCUCUUACCCACUCGGCAUCAUGGGAGUGUCUGUCCACUCUCCCCACCAAUGGAUCCCCCUUACGCCACGUGACCCACGCCAGGCCACGCCCACCACGGCGACACAGAGCAGGACACCUACCUCCUGAAUCCCAUUGCUCUGAGAAUGGAGGAGUCAACAUGCUGGAGGACGGACUGCCUGAUUUCUACAGCAAACGAGUUUUACCUGACAGUCAGUUGUCGUCCCUGCAUCAGGCCCAGUCUCUGAGGAGGAAGAAAAGACGAAGUGUGUUGUCCAUUUUCUCAGGAUUCCGCAAGAACCGCAACUCCACCAUCUCUAAUCAGGACUCGGACAGCGCCUCAGAGAAUGUCUACUCCAUGAUUCAGCAUCCUAAAGAUGCCGUGAGGCCGGAGAGCGUUGUCCCAGGAGCAAAUGGGAGCAUGCCUUCACCUCACCCAACUCAGGGCAUGCCGGUGCAUGGGAUGAGAACUGCCAGCCCCCCCUGCCUCAUCCAAAGACAGUCCACAGACCUGGUCAGCAUGGUGUACAGCUGCAUCGGGGCAGAAAUCGAAGACUCCGAUGGCAGCAGCAACUGUGACAUCAAAGGGAUAGACCAGGAUGCUGACAGAUCAGUCACCAUCUCAGAUGCCCCGACAGAUACUCGAACUAACGGCCACGUGGUGUCCUCCAAACAACAGACGGACAGACAGAUGGAGACAGCCAGGCAGGAGAGGAUUGUGCCCCUGACAGACUCGCGGACUGAGAUAGAAGAUGAUGUGCAGAGCAGCGGAGGUGGAAUCGUGGCCCCCGGUGGGCCAAGGCCAGAGCCGCCUCCACAGAGUGCUAAGCCCAGUUUGGCUGUCAUGAGGCAGAGACACCUGCAGGAGAGUUUAGAAGAAGCAGGAAGGCUGGAGGCAGAGGGAGACCAGAGUGAAAGAAAGCGCGAGGAGAAACAGAGAGGGCGAGGGCCAGAGGGAGAGCGUCCUCUCAUUCCCAAUAAGCCCAGCUUGGAUGUUUCUAGAGACAAGACCUCUCCAGAUAAGGCCAAGACCUCCCCCGUCACCCCAGCAGAAGAACAAAUCAAUGAUCAGAGGUGUUUACCUCCUGGUCAACCCAUCGCUGAAGGUGAGGGAAGCACCGAGAGGAUGAGCCCACCGGCGUCUGUCAAGCCUGGGAUGGAAGCAGCAGAUCCUGCUGUAAUCAGUCACGAUGAGGAGGGAGGCCAUAAUGGAUUUCCAGCAACAUCACAUCAGACCAGGAAGUCCAGCUCGUUUGACAUAGGCAUGGAACGGGAUGUGCCCUACGAUCUGGAGAGGUCUUCAGAUCGCAGAUUCCUUGUGAAAAAACCCUAUUUCCCUCAGUGCAGAAACAGGUCUCUGGACUACCCUGCUGGGACCGGGUGUAUGUAUCCGUCUCUCUUUCCUGCAGAUAUGUGCGGUAUGACGAGCAGCAUGAAGUGCAUGCGUGUUGAGAUUUUUGCACAAUGUAUUUUUUUUCUUUUGCUCCCCAUCUUGUUUUUAUAACAAUAAAAUCUUUCAUUCAUAUUCCAAAAUCUUCAGUAAUUUGUUUUUAGCAUUUGCGGAAGCCUAAACGUGUACACGCUUAACAGAGAUGAGUCAUACCCUACAUAUUGAAUGCAAGCCUCCUUUGCUUCAAUUGGAUUGCCAAAGAAAGAGAUCAUAAAACAUAAUUUAAAGAUGGAAUUUGGCUGUUUUCCAGAUAUGUCUCAUUGCAGCUGGUAGCCGGAUCUGACACUGCUUGGGAUUAGUGUGCUGUUAGAUGAGACCUUCUCCCUUUUUCAAACGAGGACCUUUUAUCUCUCCUCCUUUAAUUGGAGCAGAUUCUUUCCUUGAUAUCAUGUUCCAUUAUUGUGCUAAUUGGCAGUACGGUUUAGCUGAUUCAUCAUCUCUUCCUGCUUUGAGCAGAUUGACGCCAAAUGUGAAAACCCCGGGGCAGUGGAAUUCAGCUCUAAUGACAUUCCAAAAACUACUGCCAAUUAUCCCAGUAAUACAGAACUAUAUAUCAGCAAGUUGCUGCAGGGGACUCAAUUAUCAUCACUGUGAGAAUGAUAAAAGGCUCCACGUGUCACAAGCAUAAAAGCCGGUCAUAAAGAGCGUGCGGGAUCCUCUGUGACCUGUCGGGAUGAGUUUAGGUGUAUUGGAAGUUUAAGCGCCGCAUUGUCACGUUUGUGUUUCUUGUCCACACCGAGAGGUUCUUUUUGCAUGCGGCAGAUAAUAUCUGAGCCUAGCUCCAGUUUUUUUUAAGCUCAAAGCUUUUUUUUUGUCUCCACCCACUCAUGCAAGCUUAAAAAGUUACGUUUGAAAUAUCACCUUCUAAAACGACGGCCAUCUGUCUCCAUAGAAGUGCAGCUUUCAGUUUUAUUUUAUUUUAUGGCCACUUGGGGGCAGCAGAAACAAGCUGUGAACCGCUGACUGUUGAAGAGUCAUUGCUGUGAACACAACACUGACAUUUUAUCGCCCUACAUAUUUCCGGAUUGAGCUAAGCAGCAACAUUAGCAUUCAUUCAGAGUGGUGUUCCAGUCUAACUGUGGAAUUAAGUGUAAUGUAGCUGUCUAGCAUUUUUUUAUUCCCACCACUCACAGUACAUUUGC